AUGGCUAGCGCGGAAGCAGCUGGCUCUGCAGAUACGACGACGUCUUUCUCCGCGUCGGUGCUGGCACACCUGAAGCAGAUCCAUGAGUCUUUACGCCAGAAUGGCCCAGAACCCGAUUUUGGGUCCGUUCAAGACGAUGCGAUCGUUCCACAGGAGACGGACAAGCUCGGAUCCAAAAACGAGAACCUCGCAUCCUUCGGUGGUUUUUUGAAUUACAUGGCUAGCCCUGUUGCGCGCGCCCACCGAGAUGCGGAGAACUCUGAUCUCUCCUCACAGAUCGCACAUUACUACAUCUCAUCCAGUCACAACACCUAUCUUACCGGCAAUCAGCUCUAUAGUGAGGCGAGCGCUGCGGCAUACACGAAUGUUCUUCUCCGUGGCUGCAGGUGUUUGGAAAUUGACGUUUGGGACGGCCUUUCUAGGUCACCCAGUAUAAGUAACUCUAGCCCUAGCUCCAGCUCCAGCUCCAGUCAGAGUGAAUCUGGCAAGGAAAAGAAGCAACCUCCGAGCCAAAAUCCGAAAGGCCAUUCACGCAUGAAGUCGUUGUCGGAUGGUGUGCGUCAGAUAGUCAAGCGAGCGGCGUCAACCCGUAGUAGAAAACGCCCUGAUACGCUGCGUACUCAGGUGCUCAAAGAGAAUACUCCGAGUACGGCCGAAGAUUAUGAUCCUCUAGCUGUGCGCGAGCCUCGUGUGCUGCAUGGCCAUACUUUGACAAAGGAAGUAUCCUUUCGUGACGUCUGCUAUGCUAUACGUGACAAUGCAUUUGUGGCUAGCGAUCUCCCGGUGAUCGUCAGCUUGGAAGUCCAUGCUGAUCUCAACCAACAGCAAAUGAUGGUAGACAUCAUGCGAGAAGCAUGGAAAGACUACUUGGUGGAAAUAGACUCCGGAGAGGAGGCGGAUCUUCCGCGCUUGGAAGAUCUUAGAAACAAAAUCCUGAUCAAGGUCAAGUGGUCUCCACCUUCCAAGGCUGCUGAAGAAGCCGAGGAGACUGAAGAGAAGAUCGAAGAGGCUGAAGCUGGACUCAAGAAUCUGGAUGUAGCUGCUGGCGAAAAUACAGAUCCUCAAAAAAAGCAAAAGAAAAGCAAAAUUCUUCAUACCCUGAGCGAGCUUGCAGUGUAUACCAGAGCUUAUCAUUUUAGCCACUUCACCCAGAAAGAAGCGGCAAUGCCAACCCAUGUCUUUUCUUUAUCUGAGGCUGCUGUCAAAGAUGCGCAUGAGAAUAACCGCCAGGCUCUCUUGAAUCAUAACCGCGACUUUCUAAUGCGAGUCUACCCCUCCGGUAUUCGGUUGAACUCGUCAAACCUCAAUCCUAUUUUCUUCUGGCAGCAAGGGGCGCAAAUGGUUGCUCUCAAUUGGCAGAAUUGCGACAAGGGCAUGAUGAUAAAUGAUGCCAUGUUUCCCAAUGGAGUUGGUUGGGUAAAAAAACCCUCUGUAUACCGAAACAUUGCCAACAACGCCGAUUCCUGCAGCAAUGCCUUACCAAAUGGCACUAUCCAAACGUUGGAUUUGUCUAUAGACAUUUAUGCCGGCCAAAAUAUCCGAAACCUGACCGGAAACUCGGCAUCUGGAAAGGGCUUUCGCCCGUACAUAAUUUGCCAGCUUCAUUUAUGCAAGGCCGACGACAUACUAACAGACGCUGCCGAGGUAGACAAAAAUUCAAAAGAAGCAUCAGCCAAUGAAAAAUCUUCUAAGAAGUACAAGUUAAGGACUAAAACGAGUACUGGAAACGACCCGGAUUUCCAAGCAGAGAAAAUGGAAUUCCCACGCGCAGAGAGAAUAUUGCAAGACAUGUCUUUCAUAAGAUUCAAGAUCAAAGACAACGAAUUUGGACGACGAGAUAGCCUCGCGGCAUGGGCCUGUAUUCGACUCGACCGACUCAAGCAGGGAUACCGACUUGUGCACCUCAAGGAUCAUCUGGGACAGCCUUCGGCAGGCGCUUUAUUGGUCAAGAUCAACAAGCGGGUCUCUGAUUCCUGA